AGCUUUAUGAUUCCUAUAUUAAUUUGGACUAUUCUUUAACUUUCUUGUAUCUGCCAGCAUAGGCUAGGUUAUGUUGUGGUAACAGACAACCUCAAAAUCUUAAUGGCUUAUAACAAGAAUUUUCCUUCCUUUUGGUACAUGUUCAUCAAGAGUUGGCUGAGAGCUCUACUCCGUGUCUUCUCACUCAGAAACUAAUGGAGUUGCCACCAUCUUGAACAUUACCAGCUUUCCUGACUAAGGGAAAGAGGGGCCUGGAGACUCUCACACCAUCAAUAAAAUGUUCAGCCUGAAAGAGAUAUACAUCAGUUCCCUUCACAGCUCGCUGACAAGUUUUAGUCACGUGACCCUACCCACGACAAAACAGCAGGAAAAUACAGUCAUACAUGUGUGCCGAAGGAAGAUGGAAAGCUGAAAAUAUUUGUUCAUCCAUGAGCUCGGAUUUCCCACAUUACAACUUCAGGAUGCCUAAUAUUGGAUUCCAGAAUCUGCCUCUCAACAUAUAUAUUGUGGUUUUUGGUACUGCUAUAUUUGUCUUCAUCCUUAGUUUACUCUUCUGUUGCUACUUGAUUAGGCUAAGACAUCAAGCACACAAAGAAUUUUAUGCCUACAAACAGGUUAUAUUAAAAGAGAAAGUAAAAGAAUUGAAUUUACAUGAGCUCUGUGCAGUGUGCCUAGAAGACUUCAAGCCUCGAGAUGAGUUGGGGAUUUGCCCAUGUAAGCACGCCUUCCACAGAAAGUGCCUUAUUAAGUGGCUGGAGGUUCGUAAAGUGUGUCCCCUGUGCAACAUGCCAGUUCUACAGCUGGCCCAGUUGCACAGUAAGCAGGACCGUGGACCCCCUCAGGGGCCCCUUCCCGGGGCAGAGAACAUUGUAUAGCUUACCGCAAGGAUCAGACUGUUGCUGGACACGACGUCUGUGUGGAGCCAGGAGGAACACAUGUGGUGCCUGUAUUGGCUGCUCUCUACCUAGGACACCAGCUGCCACUUCUUUUGCCUCAUGAAGAACUCUUGGGCCAGCCAAACUGGGGACCUAGGUGUCUGGGUCUUGUGACAACCAAAGCACUUUGACACUACCCCCUGCCGGGAGAAGAGGAGUGGAUGAGCCUGCGGGUUUGCCUCAGGAAACUUCAUGAGGGUCUCUUACUAACUCCAUUACACUCUCUCUCCUGGAGCCUCAUCUCCAUGUCAAGCAGGAGGGUAAAGAAGGGAACUAAGAGCAGGUCUUUAAAGCCACACCCCCACCUGCAGAUGGAUGGGUUUCUAUGUAGGCCAUGCAGGCCUUUGUAGCAGCAAACCCUCCCAGCAGCCCUUGAGCCAAGUAAAACCAGCACAACCAGCCACCAGUGGUUGGUGAGGCAGUGCCCACAAGGCUCACGUUAUAUGCCUUUGAUAAGGCCAUCUUGGCUUUGAGUAGCAGUGUUCCUCGCCACCCAUUUCCCCCUCAGGAUUACAACACCUGCUAUCAAAUCAUCUAAGCUGAAAACAUGAGAUGCGCUUGGAAAGGCCUAGUCAGAAGCCGUUUCCUCUUAUCAUUUCCCUCUCCUAUGCACCAGUAAGGCCCGUCCAGAGCCCCAGCAGGGAGCGGGCCCUGAGUCCACACUGUCCCUGAGUGAUCCAGGAGGCUGCCCACAUCCCCACAUGUGCACUGUGGUUCCAGCGUCGCUGCUGUGAGCCCACUGCCACUGCCUCAGAAGGGAGCCACUGUGAACCUCUCGGGUGGCUCCAAAGAGCAGUGGCUUUUUGAGAAUGGCCCAUACUCCUGGCCCGGCUGGAUGAAGGGAAUGCCGACCCUUUGGCCUCUCCCCUCCUUCCAUCUCUUCUCUCUCUUGCCCUAUCUCUCUUCUACUUCAGAAAAAGAAAAAAAAAAAAAAGCCUGUCAUUCACUUUUUAACACUUUAUCCCAAAUAAGAUCCCUGUGUAAUUCUGAAGCUGGUGAUCCACUUGGAAUUGUAAAUAGUUUCAGGAAGCUCCUGCAGGGCUGUCCACCGUUGGUGUGUGCCUCAGUAUUUGGACUUCCGAAACUGAAAGUGUCUUUAUAGGAGAGAAAUGCAUGCUGCUCUUUGGCUCUUUCUGUCCAACUUUUCUAGAAAUGACUCAAAGUCCAUUAAGAUUUGUGAAUAUUGUAUAAAUUAGCUAUGGAAAGUAGCAGGUCAGAUGGAAAAUUCUUUUCCACAGCCCUGCUCUCCGCCUCCCUCCAUCUUAGGAGCGCCUGCCUCAAUUCCUCGUCAACUGCUUUGCUCCACUCCAUCCCACAGGUGUGAGUGGGGGAAGUUUUUCGUUAGGAAUACAGUCUGCGUGACAUGGAGAAUGGAUGGAGGGAGCUUUGCUACUCUGCUCUUGGCAUGACUCCAGGAUUUUUUUCUGGAAUCCAACCUCUGUCCUCUUAGGAGAGGGAACCUGUCCUUGGUUCAGAUGGCUGGGGUCAGAUGAGGAGGAAAAUUUCCAUUAGUGUAGAAAAGUGCUGGACAGAAUCCGGUUUGGAAAAUUACAAAUCCAGUUGGUCAAAACAGGCCAUUUCCUAUGUGUGACCUAUUCGUGGUAUGCCAACUGGACUGCUUCCUAAACAGGACAAGGAAAGUGAGGAAUAUUUUUAUAUGAAAGCCUUAGCCUGUCUGGCACCCAUGAAAAAACUAUUUAUGCACUCCUACUUUCACCGUCUUUUUGCAUUCUCUAUUUGUAGCACAACAGAGUUGAAUGCCACAAAACACCCCGUUUAUAGUGAGCUGUUUUUAGUGACCAAUGUCAGAAGGAGGCUUGCUUCUGGACUAGCCUCACUAAUUGCCAGCAGCCACCAUUUUCCAUGGAAUGGCCUUGGGACAGAUGUCACCUCUGUUAUGGGGCUCUAAUAGGAAAGAGAAUGUUUUUUCCCUUCCUAUGAUCAAUACUGCAAAUUAUUGCUGCUCACAGCUUUUAUAGGAUUCUUCCAAUUGAAAGUUGCAGCCUUUUUCUGUCCCUGUGCAUCAGUACUAACAAAAGACAGCCUCACCAAGUCUGUAUAUUUGAACAGAGGCAAGUUAAUUCAUCCCCCCGUGUCAGAGCCACAGGCAUGUUGAGGGGGUUGAUACGUAGCACUGGACCAGGGCGCAAAGCCCAGAUAGUUCCAGCCAUGAGAGGAGAGCACAAGAAUGCUCUGCACUCUGCACUCUGCACUCAGCACCAUCUUGGGUCUGCUUUGCCCAGAUGAGGGACCACUAACAACCUUCUCAGCACAUGUGAAUGUGGAGUGAUUUUAAAAUGCAUUCAUUCUGCUAGGAUUGGGCUGGAAGCUGGAACAGUGAGAGUACUUUUUCUGCUCCUAGUCAUCUCCCUUUCUCAGCGUGACAUCCUCCUGCAGCAAGCCUAGUAUCACUAGCAGUAGUUCCUGCGACUCUUAGCAACACAACCCGAAUAUUUGCUCCCUGCAUCUGGGUCCUCCACCAGGAUGGGCCUGCGCAUCUGCAUUGCUGUACAGACAAAUAGGCCUUUUAAUUUACAUCCUCCUUUAAUUCUCAUUAAAAUCGCAGGGUUUUUUGUUUGAAAGACAAUCCUUUUUUUUAAUUAUUUAUUUUGAAAAAAGAAUGAGUUAGGGACCCCUUUAUAACUCUUGGCUCAGACUUGAACCCCAUGGUAAAGUCACCCUUUCCGCAUCUAUCUUCAGGAGUUGCUGGGACUUGUUACUGUGUAGAUGCGUGGGGAUUCUGGUCUGCUCUUGGACCACUGGCUGGUAUCCUUUGUGUGUUUCUUAAGCAGCUCAAAGAUAGAAUGUUGCUGGUCUGCUAUGGGUUAGUGGAGCAUCACUCAGCCCCAACUGGGCUCCAUGGGUGGCUGAACCAUUAGUAGUUGCUAGGGGUACAACUGAAUUCAACUGGCUUCAGAAACAGGGAACAAAACCAGCCUGACUUGAUUCCUGGUUGGGUCAGUAUCAGACACUAGGAAGUUGACAUCUGCUGCUUUUCUUUGCCACGUGUGAUUUGGUUAGGGCUGUCCCUGGCAGAUAAGGUCCUUGAGGCCUGUGCUUGCCUAGCCAGGGAAGGCAGGACAGAAAUGGCCAAAUAGGGGCAGGUGGCCCCUGGGAAGGUCUGAGCUGAGGGAUACAGGGGACCUCCCACCAUUGCCGGAUGCCCUGUUCUUGACAAGAAGAUCCUUUUCCCCAGUGCCAAGCCCCUUGGAUCCAUCAGAGAAAUAGCCUCGGGCCUCGUCCUUUUCCACAACCCCACUUCAAACUCAUGUCAUCUCCCUGGCCUGAUCCCGCUCUAAGCUACCUUGAACAACUAGGAAUUAUUUUUCUCAGAGGCUUUUUGGGCAUUAUGAAAUACAUCCAGAUACAUCCAGGGCAGUAUCCCCAGAGCUCCAGGCAGAGAGUGAUGGAAUCACCUCUUGUCACUCACUAGCCUUGGGCCUUUCUGCAGGUUAGCCUCUCAGUCGCUUCCUUAGCUACCACCCAGGGAUUGUAAUAACGUCCCUGGCACCUCUUGUGGGGGUUAGCUGGCGCCCAGAGCCUGGUGGGCAGCAGGCCUGGUGUCAUGGGGGCUGCUGAUACGACAUAACACCAUCUGGGUUACAUGGGCUCUUCUGCCAUCAUGAUAGGAAUAGAACAUCAGCCAAAAAGCUUCCUGAGCUGUAGGGGCUUUCCCUGAGGCCCAGGUUCACCUGGCCCCUUUCUUCCUUGGUCAUCUCUGCCUUUGCCCACAGUGAACUCUGACUUGGUUGUUCAGUGCUGAAUAUUUCUUUCUUAAUGUUUUGAAUAGGUAAUCCAUUCAUGUGGUUCACAAAUCAUAAAGUAGUUAAAAGCCUUUCUUGAGUUCCUGAUGCCUAGCAAGCUCCGCUCCUCACUCCAUGAAUACCUACUAUUGGUUUGUUCCUUGGGUAUCCUUCCAGAGAUCAUUUAUGCAUGUACACACGUGUAUGUGUGUCUAUAUAAUUUUUCUCCUUUUCUACUCAUGUGAUACCAGACAAGUGUAUUCAAGGAACGCUCCUACUAAUGUGGGAAGAGCCAUCCCAGAAAUCAGAAUACAAAAUGUGAACCCAGAA